AUGGCACCCACUUGGAAGAACAGACACUUGGUAGUCUUCAGAAAGAGCUGGAACAGCAGCCACCCACAACAGCAAAGUUUCGAGAGACUUGUGGUUAAACUGCCCCCAUACAUUUUAUAUCAACAGGGUUUCUUCAACAGAGACAUUUUAGAGACAGAAAACCUCAGAGUCUGUGGUCGGUUAGUCUAUCACAACAGCUACAAUGAAUCUGGAACGCCUCAAGAAUACAUCAGGUCUUGUAAAGUGUUACGGAUAGCGCCACUUUCGGAACGUCCAAAUAAACCUCAGACAGAAUGCCCUUCAUGGUCGGCCCUAAUGCUGUGGCAGACUGAGAGAAAGAGACUACGCCAGUGUCCACAAGAAUCAGAAACAAUCCAAUUGUUGAAAUUCCCACUGGCCAGUACCGGAGAGAGGUUUGGAUUGAUGAGGAGUCUCCCACCCUUUCAAAACAGAGCACUGGAGAGGACCAGACGACAAGCUGUGAAGCAGCCAAGAGCCACUUUCUCUGUGUGGAUCUACCUUCUGAAAUUUUGUCAAAAGCUUUGCGGGAUCAUCCAUCAUGUUGGCAGGAGUAACCAGUACGAGUCCGUUCUGAUGCAGCUUACUGACACAGGGGACAUCAUAAUUCAGGCGCGCUUGACAACAGAAGAAGAUGAAGCUUUACGAGCUGCUGUGGCGUUGCCCCUGCGGAAAUGGAUUAGACUCGAUGCUUAUAUACAAAACUCAAAGGUGCUGAUGCAGUCAACAUGGGGAGGUGUGACCCAGAGAUUUAUCUAUCAGUUUAGGAACAACUUACGCUUUGAUGACACGGACGGAUACUUUGUCUUUGGUGGCAGCAAAUAUAUGCCAGGCAUCGCUGGCUAUUUUGGGCCAGCGAAGUACUAUCGUCGUGGAACUCCUGAGGUUAAUAAUCCACUUCCUGCGGGUUCAAUAUUCGCUGAACUAGAAAAGUUCCAUCAUGAAUGUCAAGAAGCAAACUCAUUCGCAGCUUCUUUUGUGAAGGAAGUCAGCGACAGGUAUCUCUUUUCACCACUGAAGCAAGGUGUCUGUGCUUCCCACGUCAAAAGACCAUGGGGUCAUUUUGGUGAAAGAAUGAGCAAACAAACAUGGAGUUGGGAGUCACAAGAGAAAUACAGAACGCUUUUCAAGUUCUUGCAAUCAAAGUUAGAAGCUACAAGAGCAGGAGCGUUUGGCUUGGGGAAAAUUGGAAGUGCGCUGUUUAAUGAAGCCGUUCUGAAAAUGGUCACUGGGAGUCAAGUCAAUAUAACGUCUGAGGUGAAGUUCCUUCUUCAAGCAUCAUCAUGCUCUGGACAUCACAAGGCUUCUCUCUUGCUGGCUGCGCUCCACCUCUCCGGCAUGGGACACCCAGUCCUGCAGCAGAAGGGUCAUGUCUACAGUUUAGUUGGUGCGGUGGCUGACAACCGCUUUGCCCUGAUGCAUGCUGGGUACAAGCAUGCGCUGGGACUCGAUGGAUUUCCACAAGACUUAGACAUGGCAUACAGCUACUAUUCCAACGUGGGAGAGCAGAGCAGCUCUGAUGUUUCCACAAUGCACAAAAACAAGCAAUCUGCCCUUGAACAUGUGUAUCUGAGUGAUUAUGAUGAGCUAAACAACCGGGAAACCAGAAACAACGAUGUCUACCACUUCCUCAAAUAUAAAGCGAUGAGAGGAGAUGUAGAAUCUCAGAAAAAGCUGGGCACGAUGCUUUAUUGGGGACAACACGGAGUCUCUAAAGACAUCGGGAAUGCGGUGAAGUGGUUUGAAAAAUGUGCCAUGCAAAUGACGGAUUCCUCUGCCCUCUACGAAUAUGCAAUGUUACUGAUCAAGGGUCUGGGUGUGAAGAAAAACAUCACACAAGGUUUACAGCUGUUGGAGAAGGCUGCGGCGAUGGGCUCAAUUAGCGCUUUGAACGGUCUUGGUUGGUACCAUGGAAACAUCCUGAAAGACCACAAAACUGCCGAGCAAUACUUUGAACAAGCUGCGCUUAAUGGAAGCGGCGAUGGAAUGUUCAAUCUCGGUGUUUAUUACCUGACUGGGUUGAAUCCAGAAAGUGCCCAGAGGAAUGAGGCGGCCGCUUUCCAGCUCUUCCUGAGUGCCUCCAGAUCCGGCCACGUGGGCGCAGCCGUGGAGGCGGCCUGGUACCUGUCGACGGGGAGCCUGGAAGGAGUGUCUCGGGAUGUGAAGAGGGCUGUGAUGAUGCUUAAGGAAGUGUGCGAGGGGAAUGGACACCUUGGAUUCUUGGUCAGAGAGGCGCUCCAGAAGUACCUGCAUGGCUCCAGACAGACAGCACUGGUGAUGUAUGCCUUGGCCGCUGAAACUGGUCUGGGCUUGGCCCAGAGCAACGUGGCUCACCUUUGUCAGGAGCUGGAUCUUGGUCGUGCAUGCGAGCUGCGGUAUCUGAACUACUCUGUAUUACACUACAGUCCUACUCCUUCCGCUCUGCUGAAAAUGGGCGACUACUACUAUUACCAUCCCCCUGGCUCUCAGGAAGAAUCAUUAUCUUCACUUGGUCAGGCUCUAUCGAUGUACAUCAGAGCGGCUCUCGCAGGCAGCCCUCAGGGGAUGUUCAACCUGGCAGUGAUGGUAGAAAAAGGCCACGUUCUCCCAAAGAAAAUCUACAACUGGUUCAAUACCUCCUUUCUCGAGGAGCGAGAGACCGUCGUGGAGACCAUCUUACAGAGGUGCGUGGAGAGUGAAGACAUUGAAGCAGCUUGCGCUUUAUCUCUCCUCCGAGUCCAGAUGGAAAAGGCCUGGAGGAGGAUGAGUCAGAACUCAGCACAGAUCAUCUUGAGCUGCGAGCAAACUAAAGGACUAAUGGAAUCCAAACAUGACGCAGUGGCACUGAGGGCAUCAACUGUCAGCCAGGAUCUUAUCACAGACGGAAUCACGAGAGGAACAAUCAGAGCGAGAGGAAAUCUACGGACAGCUGUUACAAAUGUUCACCGUCGGCUGCAGUGCAUCACUGAAUUAGCGGUUACGCUGUCUGGUGUUUGUCUGUGUGCCUGUGGUACCACACUGGCGUAUCAGCUCUUGUGAUGUCCAAAAGCUUCUACGGGGAACCAGCGGCCGCAACAAAACUCCUCUUUGUUGAGAGGCUUCACUUAGGGAUGAGCCGAAGCACUGUUUGUGAUUCAAAGACACGUUACUCAUUUCCGUCUUGGGAUGAAGAUCUAGUCGCUGAAGAGCUUGAUUCAUUUUUCCA